AUGGGGAAACCCCCGGCUGCCAUCAUCAUUGCUCGGCAUGGUGCUCGCUUGGAUGCUGCCGACAAGAACUGGCAUCUCACCUCUCCCACCCCCUAUGACCCUCCUCUCUCCUACGGCGGUUGGUUACAGUCUCGUGCGCUGGGGACUCGCAUCAUCGACCUCAUCCAGUCAUUAGCGGAUUCUCUGGACUCGACCACACAACCCGAGGACAAGGUCAAGUCUGCCGACCGUCUUCAAAAAGCCAAGCCCAAACGCCGGAUCAUCAUUCACACCUCUCCUUUUACUCGAUGUCUGCAGACGGCCAUCGCAGUCAGCUCCGGCAUCUGCCAGAAUUCUGGCGAGCCAGAUGCCAUGCCGUUGAAGGGUUCUACGAUCGUCCCGUCCAGCUCGGAUUCUUCGUUGACCCCAGGGCCCAUUUCAUCAAGCGACCAUCGAUGCCUCCUCCGUGUGGAUGCCUUUCUCGGCGAAUGGCUGUGUCCGGACUAUUUCGACGAGAUUAUCCCUCCCCCCAAUUCGGAUCGUAUGAUUACCGCCGCCAAGCUCGAGUUGCUGCGACGUGAACCCAACUUUGUCCCCCAGGCUGAUACCGGUCCUAGACCGUCCACGGGCUUCUUUCCCGGUGGCUGGGGAAGUGCCUCCACCCCGGUCUCGCCUGCUCUCGAAGCGACUGGGGCGGUCCAGGCAGGGCCACCCAUACGCCAGACGGGACAGAGGUCUCGCGCCGGUAGCUGUGAUACGUUUGGCUCGGCAGAAACCAGGCGAGGACGGCGGAUCCUCGGCCGGAUCAACACCAACCUCCCCUCCAUCCCGGAUGCCGCGUACGUGCCUCCGACACCGAGCUAUGCGAUCUCUCCGUCGGACCCUAUCCCCGCUGGCUAUGUCACGCAUGCCCAGGAUGCCUGCGUGAAGGUUGACUUUCAGUGGGACAGCAUGCGGGGGGACCAGAAUUGGGGCGAUGGCGGCGAGUAUGGCGAAGAAUGGAGCACCAUGCACACGCGGUUCCGCACUGGACUGGAACGCAUGGUCACCUGGUAUCAGGAUCAUGACCCGUCAAUGCCCUCCGGUCGGCCGCGACGGCACUCGCAAACGCUUGACGGCACGGAGGAGCCUAGCCCGCGCAAUGAAGCGGAGGAUGCCACCGAGACGAUCGUGGUUAUUAUCACCCACGGAGCAGGCUGCAAUGCGCUCAUUGGGGCAUUGUCUGGGGAGCCUGCACUGGUCAAUAUUAACACGGCAUCUCUUACCUUGGCGGUCCGGAAUGAUCGCCUGCCCGAAGCGACCGGGUCUGUCGGCGGUCCUGUGCGGGCAGAGGACUCCAGCUUGGCCCGCUAUAGCAUGAAACUAGUUGCCUCGACCGAUCAUCUGCGUGUUAACACCAGCACGUCGCGUGUUUCUUCGCCAAGCCAGGUGACAUCUCCGUCGAUGCCGUCCUACCGACGCGUGGCCACUCGUCCGUCGCUCUCCCACGGGCUGUUUAUCAUCGGGCCCUCGUCGACAUCUGGUCCCACGACGGAGGCAUGGAAGGCAGAGCGGCCUCUGACAGCAGUCGCCACUAAAUCACCUGGCCUCUGGGGUUCCAUCGCCGAGCCGACCGAGGAGAUUGUGCCCAACUUUGACUGGCCAGCUCCGUCGCCGGCCGUCAACGGUGAGAGCCCGGCAUCGACAUCAAAGGUGGAGGAUUCGACCUGGAAAAAAAACGUUCCUCAGCGGACGCUCUCUCAGCGGGGACUAUGGAGCAGCGGGGCGCCAAGCGAGCGCGAUAUGGGACAUAAGCGGCGGUGGACGGUGACUGAACGACGGCCGUGA